AUGUCUGAGCAGAAAUGUCCAGUCUGCCCUACACAAUGUCGCGAACAGGUCCGUCCAAUCCCUCCAUACCUACCACUCCCAACUAACCAAACAAAACCAAGUCCCUCUACGACCCAAGUAAUUUCACCAACACCCACAGCCCCGUAAUCUUCACCCCCGACCCAUCAAAGGAACCAACCCUCCCCUCCCUCCUCCUCCUAAGUCUCUCCCACAACGACCUCCAAGAGCCUCUCCCAAGCGACACGGCCUUAUUCGAAAAAUUCAAGACCGUCUCCAACACCUACCGCGCAACAACCCUCGACGACGCAGUCGACUACCUCGAAACCCACAAGCCCAUUGCCAUCCUCGUCACCGACGCAGGCAUCACCUGCCCGGAAAACGACUACCUAGUCGACCACCUAAAAUCCUACGUCUUUCACGGCGGGCGUGUCAUCUUCGCCCUCUCCUUCCCGCGCUUCUUCGCCUCAUCCUCCCCCUCGUCCUCCGAAGAUAGCUUUAAUUACUUCUUUGCCUCCAAAUGGGGGCUUCCCUGGCGCCUGGGCGAGUGUAUACGCCAGGAGUAUGAGUUUGCUUCCUGGUGCGUGCUACCCGAGGGGUUGGAGAAGGAGAAGUUGGAGGGUAUUGGAUGGAUGGUUGCGGAUGUUUUGGGGGUAAGGGGGGCGGGUGUUGAGGAGUUUCUUUUUACCCCUGCGUUGAGGGGGGAG